GCUCUGCCUGAACCAAACGACACUUGCUAACUUCCCCCUGACUAAGUCGGAUGAACUUCGCCUUCCUCCCGGACGCCUACGCUCGUCCUCAGAACUUCCGCCAUCCUGAAGUUGUUGUUUUUUUCUGCCGUGUUGGGGCGGCCGCCAGGAUGUAGCGGCGGCAAAUAACAGUGAUGCCGCGCCGCCUGGAGCUAAGCACAAGGAAAUAAACAUGAAACAGAUUCUGUUUUUCUUGCGACAAAAACGGCGUCUUCUUUGUCGAGUCCAUUGCGGAGCGCGAGGGCAGGAGGCAAAGCGAUAGACAAGAGUCAAUCACUUUUUGCCGCACGUUUUCUUCUCUCUUACUGACGUUCGUUCACUGAAAUGUUCCUCGGGUAACGCGGAUGAAGAUGAUGAAUGAAGUGUUGUGUUCGCGCGUGCGUGUGGCCAACCAGGAUUCCUCGCAAGCGUCUUACGAAGGCCGAGAGGGACCUGCGACCAUCGCCGGCCAGGAUGACGCCGGGUCUCAGCAGGCUCCGGCGAGGCCAACUGGCACGCCCGCCACCAACGUUAAUCGGGAGGAGGAGGACUGUUCGGAGAAGUGCCUCCCAAAGGCCGUGUCGAGUGCCAGUGAAAGCAGCAAGGAAAAAGCGCCUUUCCAGAAAGUCACCGCGGAUGUGAAACUGCGGAACAAGUCGUGUCAUCACCGCCAUGGCGUCCCCGCUGGAGGCGCUCAGCGCGAAGGGUUCGGCGCCAGGGUCUCGCACUCCCGCAUCGCCGCCAAGCACCGCCGGAUCGCUACGACUCGCGAGCGGUGUCGAGUCCACGAAACGAACAAGGCCUUCGACGCCCUCAGGAGCGUUCUGCCCGCGGCUUGCGUGAGUCACGGCGAGUCGUCUCCGGCCGCGAAGAUGGCGACAUUGCGACUCGCCAUCCGGUACAUCGCUGCCCUCGCGGAGCUCCUGGAGGAGGACGACCUCGAAACCUCCCGCGCCGUGUCCGAGGAGGGCGUCUCUGCCUCCAGCAGCAGCGGCGAAGGUGACGAGCGACACGAACUCGACGCAGACGACUUCCAGCUUAAAGAGGAGCAGGAGAUUCUGGCCGAGCUGAGCCGCCCGACGGCCGCCGUCGGACUCGCGCCGGACAGCCAUUACGACGACCUCGAGGCCACGGAGGACACCUACAUCCUGGCUCUCGCGAGAAUAUUCCGGGAGGCUGAAGAGGCCUCAGAGGACCUGUUCAUGGGAGGGCAAGAGGACGUCUGCGUUCCAGCAGCGCCCCCAGCGGCUGCCACGGUCACGUAAUUCUCCAAAAUCUGGCUCUUCUGCUCUACACGGUGUAUAAACUUUAGCGCAGGGCAGUCUUGCCUCUCUUGCCAUGAAAUGGCUCUGUGAGGUCUUAUUUCAGAUAUCUAAAAGUGCCAAAAAGAAAACAAAGAACUAUUAAUAAUGUGAAAAACGUGAGUAUUUUCAUGUUACCAUAGAGCUAUGGUAGGCCUACCGGGCAUUAAGUGUAACAUGAGAAGCUAAUAAUCCUAAGAAGCAGAAACGUGUUCUUUUGUGAGUGAAAUAUCGAGAAACAAAAAUAAGGAACUUAUACGAUGUAUCGCUCAGUGACUGUAGGUAAUACCGGGUAUUGAAAAUAGAUUUUUAUAGCUAGGAUAGAAUAGGAUUUACUAACCGAAAUACUAAUCUACAAAUUAGAAUCGAAUUAGUGGAAUCAGUACAUAGAAAAAUGAAUGUUGUUUUCAUUUGUUUGUUUCAUCAGCUUUAAAACUAAAGACAUUAGUAGUACAAUCAGAGCUUCCAAGGGGAUUGCAUGGUUUCAUUUAAUUAACAGCGUCAUUAUUAAUUACUACCGUUAUUUCUUUCUCCUAUUUCCUUUCGAGAAUAAAGCGCCUGUAUUUUAUCUCUCUGUGCUUCGAUUUCUGAAUAGCUGACGAUGCAGCU